GCUGCGGCCGCCGCCGCUUCGGAGCGCCAGGCGAUCGAGCAGCUGCAGGCCUUUUUCUGCUGGUUCCGCGAGCACUUCCCGUACUACCGCGGCGCUUGUGGCAAGUGCGGCGCCGACGGGCACUUCCUGGGCCUAUCCCGGCCCUCCCCGGAGGACCAGGACCGCGGCGGGGCGGCUGUGGCGGAGAUCUACCGGUGCGCCACGUGCAACGCGACGACGUCUUUCCCGCGCUUCCGCACGGUGCUGCCGGCCCUGCGCGCCAGGCGCGGGCGCUGCGGGGAGUACUCCUGGGCCGCCCUGCGGCUCCUGGAGGCGCUGGGCUUCCCCGCGCGGUGGGCCGACAACCACGCGGGUCACGUGUGGGCAGAGGCCCGCGUGCGGGGCCGGUGGGUGCACGUCGACCCGUGCGAGGCCGCCGUCGACGACCCGCUGCUGUACGCGCGGGACUGGGGGAACUGCCCCGACCACGUUCUGGCGUAUCAGGUGGACCCUGCCCCUGCGUCCGCAGACGCUGCCGGUGCCGCUCCCGCGGCGACCGUGGAGGACGUCACUGGCCGCUACCGCCCCGCCGACGCCGAGCCAGUCGGGAAGAAGGUGCGGCGCGCCGUGGCCGCCGCACUCGCCCGGGCGCAGAAGGACGCGGCCGUCCAGGUCGCGGGCGAAUGCGACCCACGCGGCGGCUGCGGAAAAAGGUGA